AUGAUAAUAUUAUUCUUGAAACUGUAAUUGAUGAAGAUAAAAUACAAUUAGUACAACUUACACAAAAGAAUAAUGAAAAAAAUGAAGAAAUAGUAUCUAUUCAGCCUAUUUCUUCUAUAAUAGUAUUAUCAGUUUUAAAUAAUAUUUUAAGUUUUUUGACUAAUCUAUCUAAUGGAUUUGCUAUUGAAUUAAAAAAUCUUAUGAAACUUCAUUCUUUAUGA